AGAGUUGCUAGAAGCAACAGGAAGACAACCCAAAAAGGGUGCAGGCUGGAAGAGAGAGAGAGAAAACAGAGGAGGCCCAAGUUAUAUCGGUUUGAUUGGCUUCUCCUCAUCAGAUCCAGCUCGGGGCUGUAAACCUCAGCCUCGACCCGACUCCUGCCACCUCUGACCCGCUUGUGUCCGAGUUAAACGUGGCAGAGCAGUGAGCAUGUCUUCCUCCUAGGGCUGGACUGAGCCUACCUGCCUCAGAAGAGACUAAACAGGCGAGUCUGCCUGAACUGUAGCCAUGUCCUACGGCACCAGUCUCCAGUACGAGCCGGUGGCAGAGAUUGGUGGAGGCGCUUAUGGGACUGUUUACAAGGCUCGGGACACGGAGAGCGGACAGUUUGUGGCUCUGAAGAGCGUCCGUGUCCAGACAGACCAAAACGGCCUCCCGAUCUCUACAGUCAGAGAGGUGGCUCUGUUGAGACGGCUAGAGCAGUUUGACCAUCCCAACGUGGUCAGGCUUAUGGAUGUAUGUGCCACCAAAAGGUCAGAGCAGGAGACUAAAGUCACUUUAGUGUUUGAGCAUGUGGACCAAGACCUCAAGACUUUUCUAGAGAGAGCUCCAGCUCCGGGAUUGUCUCCUGAUCGCAUUAAAGAUUUGAUGAGGCAGUUGCUGUGCGGCCUUGCAUUCCUUCACUCUAACCGUGUGAUGCACAGAGACCUGAAGCCAGAGAAUAUUUUGGUAACCAGUAAGGGCCAAGUGAAGCUGGCUGACUUCGGACUAGCCAGGAUCUAUAGCUGCCACAUGGCCCUCACUCCUGUGGUGGUGACACUGUGGUACAGACCUCCAGAAGUUCUGCUGCAGACCAGUUAUGCCACCCCUGUGGACAUCUGGAGCACAGGCUGUAUCUUUGCUGAGAUGUUCAGACGCAAACCUCUCUUCUGUGGAGAAUCAGAAAUGGAUCAGCUUGGGAAAAUGUUUGAAGUUAUUGGCUUGCCGACUGAAGAAGAGUGGCCCACUGAUGUUACACUAUCCAGAAAAAACUUCCCCCCUCUCACGGCUCGACCAAUCACCGACUUCGUUCCAGAGAUAAAUGAGAAGGGGGCCCAACUUUUGCUGAAAAUGCUGACCUUUGACCCCUUGAAACGAAUAUCAGCCCUGAAAGCACUCGAUCACCCAUACUUCCAGGAUGAGGAGACACUGACUCAAACAACAAGCUGAAAUCAGGCAGUAAAACAUGCAGCGAGAGGUAACAGUGUCUUAGUUUAGGGUUCCAAUGCCAUUCCUCGUAGCCUUUCGUUUAUCUUUGGAAUAUUUUUUCCGUUAUUCCUGCAUUACAAAAAAAAAAAAAGAUUAUAGCCCGAGAAAGGGAGGAGAGUGAACAUAUGAAUCACUGACAUGUUUCUCAAUGUGUAAAUGUCUCAAUUAAUGAUGUCAACGUGUCUUAAAGGACAGUAUCAGUGUUCUUACUUUCUGUAUCAGGAAUGUCUGUCAUCUUCUAAAUGUUGCUGUUGUUGCUUUUGUUGAAUGUCUGGCAAAAGUGACAGGUCAGAUGGUUAGAGCAGUAAGUAGCUAGUGAUUUUAUUGUACGUGUUUGAACAUUUCUCAUACAGAAUGAACAAUAACACUGUAGCCUUUGAGAGGCACUGAGCUGUGUGAAACCGAUUUAACUUAACUGUAUUUCAAAUCAUGUGAAAACAGAAACUGUUUGACGUAACAGACGAUAAACGCACAAGAAAGACACGCAUCGCAACAGUACUGGUAUUGCCCUUAAAUUAACUCAAGUAUUUUUUUCUGUUAUUGGAGGACUGACGGUUUGGACUUUCAUUUAACUUUUUCACAUUUUUUUGUUCUGUUGCUGAAACCACCUGAAAUCAACCAUUAACUCAUUUACAAAUCAAUAAAAGAACUGUUUCAAUCA